CACUUUCUGUUGACAAAAGCCUCUCUAUCUCAUUUGUUCUCAGCCACCACCAAACAUUUUCUUCAUCUUUGACCAAAAACCCUCCAAGCCCUCUCUCUCUUUUUAUCUGAUCUCUCUUUUGAGGGUUUGGUCGAACCCUUUUGCUGAAAAUUCUAAUCCUAUUAUGUAGCUGUUCUUCUUUCUAUUUCCGAUCAAAAUUGUUUUUUCUUGAAACACUUCUUUGAAGAGGGUUUUAUUUUGAGUUUUUGGAUUAUUUGUUUAUUUAUCCUUUUUUUUUUUUGUGGGUUUUUCUUUUUGAGUGAGAAAAAUUCUCUUGGUCGAUGGUUUCAUCGGACGCUUCCGUGGGGGGUUUCUGCGACAAUCAGGUGUGGCCUCCGGGGUUUCGAUUCCAUCCCACCGACGAAGAAUUGGUUCUCUAUUAUUUGAAGAAGAAGAUCUGUGGGAAGAGGUUGAAGAUUGACAUCAUCGCCGAGACUGAUGUCUACAAGUGGGACCCUGAGGAAUUGCCUGGUUUAUCCAAAUUGAGAAGUGGAGAUAGGCAAUGGUUCUUUUUCAGUCCUAGAGAUAGGAAGUACCCUAAUGGGGCAAGGUCAAAUAGGGCAACCAGACAUGGCUACUGGAAAGCUACAGGAAAAGAUCGUAGUAUAAUAUGCAAUUCUCGCCCUGUUGGGGUGAAGAAGACCUUAGUUUUCUACAAAGGACGUGCACCUAGUGGUGAGCGUACUGACUGGGUAAUGCAUGAAUACACUUUGGAUGAGGAAGAGUUCAAGAGAUGCCAGAAUGUAAAGGAAUAUUAUGCACUUUACAAGGCCUUCAAAAAAAGUGGACCUGGCCCUAAAAAUGGCGAGCAAUAUGGAGCACCCUUCAGAGAAGAAGAUUGGGCUGACGAUGAAUGCCCAAAUUUUAACAGUCCUAUAACUCUGAAUGAUCCAGUUAAUAAAGACCGAGAGUUUAUUUCAAACGGUGAUGUGAGAGUUGAAAGACAAAUCCCUCCUUCGAAUGAUCUUGAGCAAUUCUUCAAACAGAUUGCUGAAGUCCCGCUUGACCUGCCUCACAACAAUGCUUACACUUAUACCCUUUCUCAGGUUAUGAGUGAACAAGAAACUCAAAGUACUUUGGUGGAUCCAUCUUCCAGAGAUAUUGUCCUGCCAGAACCUGUGCAGUCCAAUGUUCAGCAGUGUAAUUUGCAGGCCAGCUUCGAUGUCACUGAGUCUGCUGUCUCCCAAUUGCAAUCACAUGAGGUAUCUGAGGUCACAUCUGCUCCUAACAUUCAUGAACAGGAGCAGCCUCUCAUACUACCUGAAGAGGAUUUCUUGGAGAUGGAUGAUCUACUCGGUCCUGAACCCAAUUUUGCAAACUCAGAUCAAUCCCUUGGUAACUUGCGGUUUGAUGAGACCGACGGAUUAAGUGAGCUUGACCUGUUUCAGGAUGCAGGCAUGUUUCUGAAUGAAAUGGAGCCAACUGACCAGGCAACAAUUUCACAGCCAUAUGUAAAUUCCCUUGAACAGAAUAUGGUGACUCAAUUUGGUUAUCAGUUACAAGCCAAUGCAGCUGGUGCAAGCCUGGUUAAUAAUCAGAUGUAUCCAGAAGGCUUAGACCCAAUUUACAAUCAGAUAUAUUCAGACAGUGGUCAUAUUAACAACCAGCUGUAUCCAGAUGGUGUAGACCAAAUCAACAAUCAGUUCUAUCCAGAUGGUUCAGCUCAGAUUGACAAUCAGCUGUGGGCACAUGAUCAGGGGAUAAAUAACUAUACUUCUGCAGAAGUAAAUUAUGGUUCUCUGUCAAAUCCCUCUUCAGGUGUGGUAUGUGAUUCGUCAAAUUAUCAAGCAGAAGCAAAUAAAAAUCAAACUAGCAAUAAUGGCGCUGCUACGAGUCGGCUCUCUUCGGCUUUAUGGGCCUUUGUGGAGUCAAUACCUACUACUCCUGCUUCUGCUGCUGAGAAUGCAUUGGUGAAUCGUGCUUUUGGACGGAUGUCUAGCUUUAGCAGGAUGAGAAUAAAUGCUAGAAACACAAAUGAUGUUGCAGGUAAUAAUGCUGAAACUGUGAGAAAGGCAGUCAGUAAAAGGGGUUUCAUUUUGUUUCCAGUUCUUGUGGCAGUUUUUGCUAUUUUAUGGGUUUUAAUUGGUACUAUGAGAUUAUGGGGAAGAAGUAUCCCUGCUUGAAAUAUGUGAAUGGGGAUGGUGGGCUUUUGCUACAAAUUUUUGACCCAAUGGUAUUAGUGAGGUGGUCAGAAAAUGAAAACAUGUCAGUUAUUUCAAUUUUCUAAUUGAAUUCUGAAUGUAAAGGAUGAAGUUUAUAUUAAUGUUAAUAGAGAUGCAUCUUAGUAUAUGAAA